AUGUGUAUACUAUCGUCAGCUGUGCUUUAUAUAUCCGUCAAAUUCGUAUUUGGAGAAGAUUUAUCAUUAAUGGAAGGAGCUUUUGAAUUUGACUGUUCUCGAAUACCUGCCACGUACUGCUGUACAGCACGUGUCCGAACAGUCUGUGAGACGCGAUGCUCUAAUAUCCAUUGUGAUUCAGAUUUUUAUAGACAAGAUAAGAAAAUGAAACAGCUGAUAGUUAGACCAGAAACGAUUUACAAAAAUGGUUUAAACGACGGUGACACAGCAAACUUGCGUAGUGACAGUGAAAUGGAACGGUCAAGCCAAAAAUCGCUGUCUCGAAAUGUACUCAAAAAACGAUACUUACCUGUUCCAACAAACAGUAACGAGAAUGAAUCACUGAUAGGCAUGUCAAGUAGUGAGGAUGAUAAAGCAACAGAAGAUGUAGUACCGUUUGUCACAGCAGCAAUAUCAUCGUCUAAUUCUGACUUAGAUUCCUCUAAUACGUUAGAUCCUCAAUCACUGUUAACUGCAGUUCAGGAAGGCUUACAAAGACAACAUUGGGGAAUACGUUCGUUUGAAAUAAUAUAUCAUGUAACUCCAUCAUUAAAUUGGCUACACAAUCGUAAUUUCAUGGGCUCUAAUAGCAGCUUGGCGAAGUUGAAUAAGGCAGAAUGUGGCACAGCACCACAUUUUUCACCAUGUAUGUCAAUUUCACAAGCAAAUAUUCAAUUUGAACAAUGUUGUCGAAACAAAAUGCUUCCAACGAGUUGUCAACAUUCCUGCAAAUAUAAUGUGAAAGAAAGUGAGAUAAAUAAGAUUAUCGGUGCAGGCUUUUGCGCAAUUUUACAUAUCAUACCAAUUGCUCAGUGUGCUUCAAAUGGACGCGACAACAGUGAAUGCUGCAAAUACAAACAAGUAGCAACCAAAAGCGCGCCGCAAUGCGAAAUAUUUUGCCGUUCCGGACAAGAAAUAGCAAGAGUUGGUUUGGAACACUUGGUUUGCCGAAAAGCAAUGAAUGAAAUCAUUGCUUGCCACUUAUCCGGUUUAAGAAAUUAG